AUGCGCCGUUCACUCGACCACGCAUCCUCCUGCGUCACCGAGGCUCAGGGGCCCUGGACUCUCGACCAUGUCUGGGCCGCAAACUCGUUCGUGCCAGAGGCUAUAGAGGCUUGUGUUCACAGUCUUAUUAAGCGAGUUGUCUGCCAAAAGCCGGCCUCCAUCGCCAUCCGAUCGCGGGACGGCGACCUGACGUAUUCGCAACUGGACCGCCAAUCCAGCAACCUGGCGUAUCAGUUGCUUUAUCGAGGCGUCCGGAAAGGCACCACGGCCGUGUUGUGCUUCGACGACUCCUCGCUGCUGGCACCAAUCGCCGCUCUUGCGGUGUCCAAGACAGGCGCUGCGCUGAUGGCAUUGGAUAUCACCAUGCCUCACGACCAGCUACAGCCCAUCAUGGCCCAAGUACAAUCGCCUCUUUUCAUAUCAUCCGCGGACAGCGCCCAUAUUGUGCGCCGAUUUGGCGCAGACAAUCUCCUACUCAUCGAUCAUGGCCUGCUCUCCGAAUCAACGCUAUUCACCUUGAAGCCUCUCCACGAGCUCCCGGUCGUUAGUCCCUUGGACAUCCUCUACCUUGCCUUUACCUCGGGCUUUUCCCCGAACCCCGAAUCAGGCAAGAAAAUCAAAGGAGCUGCCGUGACGCAUCAAAACGUUAGCAGUGCGGCCGUUUAUCAACAGCACCUCGGUUCGAUAUUCACAAACACAUUUUGCAGCUACGACUCGGCCCCCCCGGGAUCGUAUUUGGCAUGGUCUAUCUUUUUCUACAAUUUGAUCGCUGGCAGUUGUCUUUGCCUGCCUGGUGCUGUCGAACAGUCGGGCCAGGUUGAGCCACCCAUCAAGGAGCCCACCCCUUGCACAAUUGUUGCCAUGGCUCAGAUGCUGGAUCCGUCCAAGACCCAUGACUUGUUACAGCACUUCGGUACCAAGAUUCAAAGCAAACCCGUAGAUGAUGAGGUAGUCCCCGAUGCCGAAAGCAUACCGCAAAAUGAGGCUCUCGAGGCCAGAAACGAAGCCUCAGAAUUAAUCCUUCAUCCAGGGCCUGGGAUUCUCACCUGGGUAGUUGACGUGGUCGAUCCGAACAUACUGUCUCCCAUUGGGGCCGUCGGUGAGCUGUGCCUCGAAGGGCCGCUCCUUGGCCAGGAUCAUCUCAGCACCUCUGACCGCAUUUCAUCCUCACGAUUCUGGAGAGAUCCUUGCUGGCUCCUCCGUGGUUCUGAUGCCAUUCCAGGUCGUUACAGUUGGGUCUAUCGCACCGGUGUCCUUGCGCGAUACCUCCCAGAUGGACGGCUUGCCCAUGUGGGAUAUCGGCCACUUGACAAUGACAAGGACAGCGAUGCAUCAAGCUCUCAGAACGACUCAGGGCUGGAUCUGAAGCUCAACGACGACGAAAUCGGCAUCAACAUGCAGCUCAGCUUGGGAAGUCAAUCACCAAAGCCCACACCGAGUGAUCUGUCCGACGGGUAUGUCUUGAUGUCUGAGGUGGAUAUGAACCUUUCCGACCCCAACCUUGGCCCCGAAGCGCCUUUGCCGUUCUCACUGCUCGAUCCUUCUAUGAAUAAGGAGGAAUUAGUGUCCAAUACUGCUCAUAUCUGCCACGUGAGUGCCUCCCAGAUUGUCGACAUGAUGCCGUGCACUCCACUUCAAGAGGGAUUAAUUGCGCUCACUACAAUUCGGCCGGGUGACUACGUGGCAAAAAACGAGUUCGAAAUUGGUGAAAAGGUAGAUGUGGAUAAGCUUCGCCUAGCUUGGAAUCAAACUGUGGCUACGAACCCGAUACUGCGCACUAGGGUUGUCAGUCUGCCUAUUUCAGGGGUUCACGUUCUCCUGCAAGUUGUGCUUGAUGACGACAUAUCGUGGAACUGUGGUGAAGAUCAGCGUCAUGACGAAGAGCAGGAGGCUGAAAGUGAGCGGCCGAUGGGUCUGGGUACGCGUCUCACUCGACUAUGCCUUGCCGAAACGGCAGCUGGGGUUCGUCGUCUUACCUGGGAGAUUCAUCACGCCCUGUACGACGGCUGGAGCUUGCCCCUUCUGUUAAAAGAGGUCGAGAACGCGUACUUCAACCGGCCGAGUUUAUGCCUCCAGCCGAUGGCAACUUUUAUUAAGCACAUUCUGAGCCGGAACGAGGCUGCCGAAUCAGCCUUCUGGCAGGCGUACUUUCAAAACACCAAUGGCAGCCAAUUCCCGCCCGAAAAGCCAGGUUACCACGCUCAACCAGACAGCCAGAUAACAUCGGAGGUCUCGGGUUUAGCUUGGGGUCAUGGGGACUAUACACCAGCCACGAUUGUCAGAGCUGCCUGGGCAGUUGCCAUUGCCAACGCGCUUGGCUCAGACGAGGCCCUCUUUGGCGCAACAGUUACCGGCCGCCAAGCACCCUUGGCAGGCAUCGAGAUCGUGGCCGGUCCCACGAUUGCGACUGUUCCUGUUAGAGUAUCAGUAAACUGGGAUGCUAGAUUCGACAAUCUGCUCAAUGCAGUGCAACGCGAAGCUGCGGAUAUGAUCCCGUACGAGCAAACCGGCCUAUCUAAGAUUUCUCGCAUUAGCGACGAUUCCGCCAUUGGAUGCAAGUUUCAGUCACUAUUGGUAGUACAGCCUGCUGAUGGCGAUGGUGUGCUUGAUGAGCGCGAGCCAUUCCUGACCGAAGUUGUGGACGGAGAGAGCCUUUUCACCUCGGACACGUACGCAAUCGUGGUGGAGUGUCAGCUAGGCUCAGACAGUGUCGAUCUGCGGAUUGCCUUUGACUCGAGUAUAGUUUCCCGCAAUCGGAUGGAUUUCGUCACACAGAAUUUUGAGUUUGCCCUCCGUCAGUUGUCCGAUACUUGUCAGGGGAAGCUGCGUCUCCGCUGUAUCCAGGACGAGCUCUGGGACUUGCACCAAGCCUGGGCCUGGAAUGAUGUAGUACCAGAGGCGUUCCCGCGCUGCAUUCAUGAUAUCUUCUCGCAGAGAGCGUCUGAGAAACCCCUGUCACCUGCCGUCAACGCCUGGGACGGAGACUUCACCUACAAAGACCUGGAUGAGCUUUCCAGCGGCCUGGCACUUCAUCUCGUCGACACAAAUGUCGCGGGAAAGAUCGUGCCUCUUCUCUUUGAAAAGUCCAAGUGGAUGUCUGUUGCCGUCUUGGCUGUAAUGAAGGCCGGCGGCGGUUGUCUCGCGCUGGACUCGAAGCAGCCUUUGGAACGGCUACGGUCCAUCGUCAGGCAGGUAGAUGCGCCGCUGAUCCUAUCGUCGAUUGCCAACCAAUCCAUCUCCUCUCAACUUGAGAUCAGUCUGAGUGUGACAGUUGGAUCGAACUAUUCGUGGGAGUCGACGUCGUCCACCUUUCCAAUGGUUAGCCCAUCCGAUGUUCUGUACGUCAACUUCACCUCCGGGAGCACCGGUGUUCCAAAGGGGGCUGUAGUCACACAUGGCAACUUUUCCUCGGCGAUCGAACAUCAGCAAAGGGCACUGGGCUUUUCUUGCUCCUCCCGCGUCUUCGACUUUUCAUCCUACUCGUUCGAUGCUGCGUGGUGUAACAGUCUGCAGAGCUUCACAAGCGGCGGGUGUCUCUGCGUUCCGUCGCAAGAGGAGCGAGAUAAUGACCUUGACGGCUGCUUCGAAAAAUACAAGGUCAACACCGUCGAUCUGACGCCGUCAGUCGCCCGUAUCAUCAGCCGACCCGCUCUCGCACGACUGUCGACUCUAAUCCUUGGCGGCGAAGCAGUUCUCCCUGGUGACCCGUAUUUGUCGACGGUCGGCAGUGAGACCAAAGUUUUCAACGUAUACGGCCCUGCUGAAUGCACACCCACUGCCACUUUUGCCGAGAUGACACCAGAAAACAUGACCAUCGGGCGCGGUGCUGGCGUGUGUGCCUGGGUCAUCGAUCCCGAGUCACAGACGCCAAGUCGAGUGGGAGCCGUGGGUGAACUCUGGCUGGAAGGCCCGAUAGUGGGCAAGGGCUACCUCAACGAUGCCGUGAGAACAGAAAAAGUCUUCAUAGAAAAUCCUCCUUGGCUUGUUCGCGGUAUCCCCGAUCGACCUGGUAGGACAGGCAGGGCUGGUCGCAGAGGACGACUGUAUCGCACCGGAGAUCUGGUCCGGCAUAACGAUGAUGGCACGCUGAUCUUCGUUGGUCGUGCCGACACGCAGGUCAAGAUCCGAGGACAAAGAGUCGAGCUUGGCGACGUCGAGCGGCAUGUUCUCGAUGCCCUUGUAUUGCCUAGAGAUCUCUCCGCCCGCGUGACAGCCGAGACGAUACGGCCAAAGCAAUCCAACAGCACUCUGCUCGUUGCGUUCAUCACAUUAGAAAAUGCUGCAUUCUCAACAGAGGAGUCGCAUGACAUUGUCGUGAAACAGGCGACAGAUGGCCUGACAAGACGUCUGCAGGAUUCGAUUCCUUCCUAUCUGGUUCCAGUUGCGUUCAUCCCCCUGUCCCAGCUUCCCAUCAUGGCGAGCGGGAAAGUAGACAGGAAGUCGCUUCAGGCUGUGGCGGAGGAAACCUAUCUGCAGUAUCGUACCGUGCCCAAAGAGAAGGGGCGCCGACACCGAACGGUAGAACCCUUGACCGAGAUCGAGGCUAUUCUCCAGAAAAUCUGGAUGUCCGUCCUAAACCUGACAGUCGACGAGACGUCCAUUACCGGAGCAUUUGCGAGACUUGGUGGCGAUUCCAUCACGGCAAUGCAGAUUAUCUCCCAGUGCAAGCUGCAUAACAUCGUUUUCUCCGUGAGCGACCUCCUCGACGCCUCGACGAUCAAAAAUCUCGCCACUCGAUGCAUCAUUGCUUCGCCAGCCGAUCUCGUGGUUGACGAAGAUGAUGACAGGGCUGAACCGUUCGAUCUGUCUCCUAUCCAGCAUAUGUUCUUUAAUGCCUACCCUGAAGGGCUCAACCAUUGGAACCAAAGUUUUCUACUGGAGCUAGCCAGACCAGUAUCGGUGACUCUUUUGGAAGAAGCCGUGAACGCAGUUGUUCGUCGCCAUGCCAUGCUUCGCUGCCGCUUCCAAAAGGAUCCCGAAACGGGGUAUUGGUUUCAGCACAUCCUUGAGGGGGAAGAUGCCCCAUCAUCAUUUGCGUUCACCGAACACCUCGUAGAGAAGCAGGAUCAAAUCAUCACCAUCAGCCAAGCCCGACAGGAAUCACUAGAUAUUCAGCACGGCCCUGUGUUCGCUUGUGAUCUAUUCCAGACCUUUCGCGGACAAAAACAAAUUCUUCUCCUCUCUGCCCAUCACGCAGUCAUCGAUUUGGUGUCGUGGCGCAUCAUCUGGGGCGAUAUUGAAGACUACGUAUCCCACGGCACGCUUCUGUCUCAUCCAACGGCAUCGUUCAGGCAAUGGUGUCGUCGCCAGGCAAAGAUAGCGGCAACACUGUCCCCGACGUCGGUCCUCCCGGUCACCGUCCCUCAACCACAGCUUGAAUUUUGGGGGUUUUCUGAGUUCGAAAACACAUUCACAGAUUGCCAAGCGUACACAAAGACGCUUGACAACCGCUGCAGCGGUGCUCUGUUUGGAAGUUGCAACGACGCUCUUCACAGCCAACCAAUCGACAUCAUUAUCGGUGCACUCCUUCACUCCUUUGUGAAUACAUUUCCCGAACGCGAGCCUGCUGCUGUCUGGGUCGAGGGUCACGGGAGAGAACAUUCCGAGGGCCUUCCCGACGUCGCGAGCACUGUUGGCUGGUUCACGACGCUGCACCCCCUGGCGCUUCCCGUCACCAUAGCAAGCUCAGUCAUAGAUGCUGUCACCCUUGCCAAGGACACUCGGAAGCGUAUUCCCAACAAGGGCCAGCCAUAUUUCUCGUGCCGUUACCUCAGCGAAUCCGGACGCAAGGCGUUUGAUGGGCAGGAUAUCUCUGAGCUCACCCUCAACUUCACCGGCCAGUUUCAGCAGCUUGAAAGCGACGAUGGCCUGUUUAAGCGUCCAGACGAUCUUGGAGGCGAACAUGAGGGAGACAUGGAUCUGGUCGAAAUGUCGCCCUUGGCUAGGCGAUUUACCUUGAUCGAAAUCAACGCCGAGGUGGAGCAAGGACAGCUCGAGGUCACCUUUCAGGUCCACAAGAAGAUGAAACACCAGAAAAGACUCGCAGACUGGACGGAGAUGUUUGCUCAAACACUAAUUUCGGCAAUCGAUGAACUCUUGUUAACAGCUCCCACCAUGACACUCAGCGACCUCCCCCUCCUGCCUUUGUCGUACAAAGGACUCGACACCCUACUGAAUCAGCAGCUCCCUCGUGCCGGAAUUCAGCUAGCCGACGUCGUUGACAUGUACCCUUGCUCGCCGCUGCAAGAAGGCAUACUGAUCAGCGCUCAAAAGGAGGCGGCUUCGUACGCUACAUUUUCGGUUUGGCGCUGUGUUCCGCCUUCCGGCUCGGCGGCAGUAUCGGCUUCGCAGCUUGGCAGAGCUUGGAAAGCCGUGACGAAGCGACAUACGAUUCUGCAAUCUGUAUUUUGCAUACACCCAGAGGGUAAAGGCUUCAUUCAGGUGGUUCUAGCCGGCCUUGAGCCCCGAAUUACGUUUCACGUCGCCGCAGAGGGCGAAAGUCCAAGAGAGGUAUUGUCUCGUCUGGAACGUCCGAGUUUCGGCGCAAACGAGGCAGAACACGCUUUCAGCAUCUGCCAAUCGGCCACUGGCGAGGUGGCUUGCCGGCUGGAUGUGAGCCAUAGCCUCAUCGAUGCUUCGAGCAUGACCUGUUUGGUAGGCGACAUCAUCAACACCUAUCAGGGCGUCAGCUUGGCUCCGGCCACACCAUUCAUGGAAAUGGUUCGGUACAUUUCAAAGAUACCAAAAGCACAAAGAAUUGCUUCGUGGGAAAAAUUGCUGCGAAACGUUCAGCCUUGCGUGUUCCCCAUCUCUCGCACCAGCCAACAGAGGCAAGAGAGCUUCAACGACAUCUCCAUCUCUCACUCCGCCAUCGCCGGCGUCGCAGACUUCUGCAAGGAUAUGGGUAUCACUCGAUCUGUUUUUAUGCAAGUCGCUUGGUCCAUGGUCCUUUCUCAAUAUACCUGCAAGAAGGAGGUCUGUUUUGGCUACCUCGCGAACGGCAGAGACGCGCCAGUCGAUGGCAUCGAGGCCAUGGUUGGCCCCCUCGUGAACCUUUUGAUCAGCCGGGUCGACCUUGGGAAAUCGGCCAAGGACGUGCUUCAGACAACAUCGCAAAACUCCAUCAAGCAUCUCCGCAUCCAGCACACGUCACUCGCGGAGAUCCAGCAUCACCUCGGUUUCUCGGAGAGACUUUUCAACACGGCGAUAUCGAUCCGUGGAUCUGACAAGACGGGAAACCUCCAACAGCAGACACUUUCAUUUGAACCGUACGGCGGCGAAGACCCACACGAGUUUGACAUUGGAUUAAAUGCCAUUAUUGAUGGGAACAUCAUGGACGUUGUCGUGGAUUACCGCGAGCCAUACAUUACACGACAUGUCGCUCAAGAAGCCGCGAGCGUUCUCACCAAGGCGAUUCGGUACCUGUUGACCACCACCGUUGGCCACGACGUUGAUGCCGACGAUGCACAGCAGUCGCUCUUUGACGGAUUCUUCAAGGCCCUUGUCGGCGAGGAUGAGCUUGCCACCAGGGAGUUUUGGCAGUCUCAGUUCACCAACAUGGAGGGCUCGCACUUCCCAGUUGUAAGGGCAGGCGACCUAAUUGAAGCCGACAAAGAAGUGAAUCUGCAUCUGAAAGACGUGAAUCUAAGGGGCCAUGGGGACUUGACACCAACCACGAUAGUAAGAGCCGCAUGGGCCCUGCUCGCGAGUUGCAUGACGGGCACCAAUGAAGGAUUAUUUGGCGUCAGUGCGGAAGCAGUUGGGACGGUGGUCCCAGUUCGCGUCUUGCUGGACCCGCAGAGUACCGUUGGCGGUUAUCUUCAUGCGAUGCAACGGCAAACCGAGGACAUGGCUCGAUUUGAGCGAACCGGGCUUUGCUGGAUCAGUUCCAUGAGCGAGGAAGCCGCUCAGGCGUGUGAGUUCCAGACAGUCAUUCAAGUGAUGGAUGAGGGUGCGGAGGGCAAUCAAAUCCAAAGCACGCAUCCCUGUGCUAUUUUUCUUUCGUGCAAGGUCGGCAUGAGCGACGCCAACAUUUGCCUCCGUUUUGACUCGGACGUGCUUGGGGAACAGCAGGCCAUGAGACUUGGAUUCCAGCUGGAGCACCUGUUGCAUCAACUCCUCGACGUACAUUUGAGAUGCCACGCACUUGAAAGCCUCAGCCUGGUAGCAAGACGAGAUUUGGAGCAGAUUUGGGAUUGGAACGGCACGGUCCCGGAACCGUUGGAUGCAUGCGUCCACGAGCUCGUCGCUCAAGUAGCGAACCAACAGCCGGACGCGCCAGCCGUGUGCGCCUGGGACGGUGACUUGUCGUACCGACAAGUGGACGAGCUCUCGACAAAGUUGGCGAUGGACUUAGUUCGUCUAGGCGUCGGUUCCGGGACGAUCGUUCCGCUACUUUUUGAGAAAUCCAUGUGGAUGCCCGUGGCAGCGCUCGCUGUCAUGAAAGCCGGGGCCGGGGCCGUUGCCACCGACACAGCAUCGCAGCCGGAAGAAAGACUUUGGGCGAUUACGCAACAAACCAAGGCCAGAGUUUGCUUGUCUUCGGUCACCAACGAGAGCCUGGCAAGCCGGUUGGGCGCGGACGUGGUGGUGGUCGGUCCAGACCGGCUCAGAACCUCCCCUGCUGGCCAGCAGCUGCCCAAGGUGAGCCCGGACGACUUGCUCUACGUCAUCUUCACCUCGGGCACGACCGGCACACCAAAGGGCGCCAUGGUGAGCCACAGGAAUUUCUCCAGCGCCAUGAGGCACCAGAGGGAGGCUCUCGGGUAUGAGAAAGGGACUCGAGUGCUGGACUUUUCUUCGUACGCGUUCGACGUGUUUUGGUCGAACAUGCUCAACGCACUGACGGCUGGCGGCUGCUUUUGCAUACCUUCGACGGAACAACGGCAGGACGACUUGUCCGGGACCCUACGCAAGUACGCGAUCACGCUUGCCGACUUUACGCCCACGAUUGCCCGUCACAUCAGAGGCCUCGAGAGCGUUUCGACGCUCGUCUUGGGUGGCGAGGUGGUCCUGGCCAGCGAUCGUGACCUGGCCAACGAGGACGCACGGGUCAGGAGCGCCUACGGCCCCGCCGAGUGCACGCCGACGGCGACGAUCCAAAACUUGACCGUGGGCGGCCGAGGUGGUCUCGGGCGCGGGGCGGGCGUCUGCACAUGGGUCGUCGACCCGGACAAGGCAAGCAGGCUCAUGCCCGUGGGUGCGCCCGGGGAGCUGUGGCUGGAGGGUGCGCUCGUGGGCUCCGGGUACCUCAACGAUGAGGAACGGACGGCGACGGCAUUUGUCCAGGACCCCGAGUGGCUGGUUCUGGGCGUUCCGGGCCGGCGACCGGGACGGCACGGGCGACUGUACCGAACGGGAGACGUGGUGCAAUACGCCGACGACGGAUCGCUGCACUUCAUCGGCCGCAAGGACACGCAGGUCAAACUCCACGGGCAGCGCAUCGAGCUGGAGGAGGUUGAGCGGGCGGUCAAGAAGGCUCUGCAGAGGCAAGGGGAGGCGAUGACAAAUGCGCAGGUCGUUGCGGAAGUGGUCGAGCCGCAGGGGACGGGGGCCGAGCUGCUGGCCGCCUUCGUACGUCUUGGCGGCCCGCACGACGCGCACGACGAUGACGCCGUCAAGCAGGCAACGGUCGGCAUCAGGGACGAGCUGCGUGCCGUGCUUCCGCCGUACAUGGUACCUUCACUCUACGUCCCGCUCGAGACGAUUCCCAGGAUGCCGACGGGGAAGGUCGACCGUCGACAGCUCAGGGCCGCAGGUUCUCGGCUCACCGGCAAGGACUUGGCGGCGCUCAGCCGUGUGACCGGCGAAUGGCGGGCGCCGCGAACAGGUGCCGAGCGGCGGGUCCAGGAACUCUGGGCGGAAAUCACAAAGGUUGGGCGGGAGAGCAUCGGCAUCGACGACAGCUUCUUCCGCAUCGGCGGCGAUUCUCUUGGCGCCAUGCGACUCGUCGGGCUCGCCCACGACAGGGGCGUGCCGACGCUGACGGUGAGGGACGUGUUCCAGAAGCCGAUCCUUCGCGACCUCGCCGCCCUCGACAUCUGGGGCGACGGCGUGAGCUUGGGGGCGAGCGGAUGA